UACAACCAGACUAACCUGCUGAAUACAAAAAACAAAACAGUGGGAGUUUACUUAGUAAUGGGGUCAUCACAGUCUAGCAAUCAUGACAAAGAUGAAAACCUUACAGCAAUUCUCACACUUUUGUUCAUGGUGUUUACUCUGCUCUGGUACUUCUGGAUUUGGAAGAAACCGAGCAGAAACCCUUUGCCUCCAUUGCCACCAGGACCUCGUGGUCUGCCGCUACUCGGAUACCUUCCAUUUCUUGGUGCAGAUCUUCACCUAGAAUUUACUGACAUGGCAAGGGUUUAUGGUCCAAUUUACAAACUCAAACUUGGUACCAAGUUGUGCGUUGUGAUCAGCUCACCUGAACUUGUGAAACAAGUGGUUCGUGACCAUGACGCAACAAUUUCCGACCGUGAUCCUUCAAUUGCUGCUGUUAUCUGCUCAUUUGGAGCAUCCGACAUAGCAUUUGGAUCGUAUGGUUCAGAUUGGAGGAAGCUGCGCAAGGUGUUUGUGAGUCGGAUGAUGAGCAAAACCAACCUUGAUGAUUGCUAUGCUCUGAGAAGGGAGGAGGUGCACAAGUCGAUCAGUCAUAUUUAUCAUGACAAAAUUGGAAUCCCCACUGAUUUGGGCCGGGUUGCAUUUUCCAUAGCAAUCAACUCAACUAUGCGUAUGCUUUGGGGUGCUACUCUACAAGGGACUGAUUUCAGUGAAGAUUAUAGGAAAUUGGUGGCAGAAAUGAUGGAUCUAUUUGUGAAACCAAACAUUUCUGACUAUUUUCCUGCGGUUGCAAGGUAUGACAUACAAGGAAUUGAGAGGCAAGCAAAGAAGGUUCAAUACGAGAUUGACAAGAUUCUAAGUUGGGCCAUAAAAGAACGGAUGAAGAAUGGGGGAUUACAGCAAAAACAGGACAGGAAGGACUUUCUGCAGUUCCUCUUGGAGAACAACAAUAAUAAUCAUGAAAAUGGUUCGACGUCCCUUACAAUGCAACAACUGAAAGCCUUGCUCAUGGAUAUUGUGGUGGGUGGAACGGACACCACAGCAACAACGAUAGAAUGGGUGAUGACAGAACUGAUGCAGCACCCAGAAGAAAUGAGAAGAGUUCAAGAAGAACUAAGAGACAUUGUCGGGUUGAACCAGUUGGUUGAAGAGUUUCAUUUGCCGAAAUUACAUCACUUAGAUGCUGUGAUCAAGGAGACAUUACGCCUGCACUCGGUUGUGCCUCUUCUGCCUCGGCGUUCAAAACAAUGUACCACCAUUGGUGGCUAUCAGAUACCAAAAGGUUCGACUGUUUUUCUCAAUGUUUUGGCCAUACACAGAGAUUCAAGUGUCUGGGACAAUCCCUUGGAAUUUAGACCCCAGAGGUUCCUCAACACGGAUCCAAGCAACAGCUUUGAUUACCAGGGCAAUAAGUUCCAAUAUCUUCCCUUUGGUUCAGGGAGGAGAAUAUGUACCGGGAUUCCUUUAGCAGAAAGGAUGAUAAUCUAUGCCUCGGCUUCACUCUUGCAUUCGUUCGAUUGGAAAUUGCCUAAUGAAGAAAAGCUUGACCUUUCAGACAAAUUUGGGAUUGUGACAAAGAAAAAGACUCCACUUAUUGCUGUACCAACAGCCAGGUUAUCCAAUUUGGAGCUCUAUGCUUAAAUGCUCCCUAAUUCUUAAUUCUAGUGUGCUUCGACAUAUAUGUUGUAAGAACAAAAAAGAAGGAAAAUAAGCAUAUGUAUUUGCUGGUUUCUCUAUGUGGUUAAGCAAUUGCAGAAUGGCAACAACUACUACAGGCAACAUGAAUACAUGAUAUCAGAUAACCUUUCAUCUCUCUAAUUUUGUUAGAAGAAAUUAUAUAUGUGCAAAGUCCAAAUGUGAGAGAUAUUUAGAAGCUGAAUAAAUAGACGAA